AACGAUACCGACAUACUCGAGAAAUCAAGUUUGUAACACCCGUUAUUUAACUUCUAUCGUUUCACUUUCAGUGAGGCGAUGGAUCCGCCCGCCGUGUCCCGCGAUAGCAAGCGGCCGCCGAAGAGCACUCCGUCGAGCUCGCGCUUCCGAUAAAGAGGUGAGCGAGCGAGGGAUUGGAGGAAGGAAGCGAGCGUGGGGAGGUGAAGGCAGCAGAGCGGUGGGCAAUGCCUCCACCGCGGCGGCGCCACCCCCGUGGCCGGUGCCAAAUCGUGGGGGCUUCCGACGUCUCCGCCCUUUCCUUUUCCACCUUGAUCCUCCUUAUCUUCCUCUCUUUUCUCUCCUACCUUGCCCCGCCACUACUCGACCACCCGCCCCUCCCCGGCACACAACGCCGCCGCCUCGCCGAUCCCCCUUCCCAUCUCACGACGGGUGCGGUCAAUGAACAAACUUCCCGUGUUCCGAGAGUUGACGGGAGGGUCAAGAAUGACCUUUGGAGAUCAAAGCGGUCCAGGUUUUACGUCGGGUGCAGCAAUGCUAGUAAUAAGUUUGCAGCUGAAACUGUCACUCAUCGUGAUAGAUACUUGAUGAUUGGAACUAGUGGGGGCUUAAAUCAACAGAGGACAGGAAUAAUAGAUGCUGUUGUUGCAGCUAGGAUUCUGAAUGCCACUCUCAUUGUUCCAAAGCUGGACCAGAGAUCUUUCUGGAAGGAUGCCAGCAAUUUUGGUGAUAUUUUUGAUGCCGAUUGGUUCAUCUCAUUACUUUCAAAAGAUGUUAAAAUCAUAAAAGAGCUUCCGAAGAAAGCAGGGAAGUAUUUCAGGUCUCCAUACACAAUGCGAGUUCCACGGAAGUGUACUCCAAGAUGUUACGAAAAUAGAGUCUUACCUGUUCUUAUGAAGAAGCAUGUUGUUCAGCUGACAAAGUUCGAUUACAGGCUUGCAAACAAGUUGGAAACAGAGAUGCAGAAGCUUAGAUGUAGAGUAAAUUAUCAUGCAUUGAGGUUUACUAAUUCAAUACAAGAAAUGGGUGAGAAACUGAUACGUCGAAUGAAAGGAAAAGGCAAUCAAUUCAUUGCCCUUCACCUGAGAUUUGAACCAGAUAUGCUUGCCUUCUCAGGGUGUUACUAUGGUGGAGGAGAGAAGGAAAUGAGAGAACUUGGUGCAAUACGCAGGAGGUGGAAAACUUUACACAGAAGCAACCCUGACAAGGCACGAAGGCAAGGAAGAUGCCCACUAACACCAGAAGAAGUAGGGCUGAUGCUGAGGGCAUUGGGCUAUGGAACGGAUGCCCACAUAUAUGUGGCAUCCGGUGAGAUAUAUGGCGGUGACGAAUCAUUGGCACCUCUGAAAACGCUCUUUCCAAAUUUUCAUUCAAAAGAUACAUUAGCCAGCAAAGAGGAAUUGGAACCAUUCUCUAUGUUCUCAUCACGCAUGGCUGCCCUUGAUUUUAUUGUGUGUGAUGGUAGCGAUGCUUUUGUAGCAAACAACAAUGGCAACAUGGCUCGGAUAUUGGCCGGGAGAAGGAGAUACUUUGGGCACAAGAGGACUAUUAGACCAAAUGCCAAGAAGCUGUACUCUUUGUUCCUGAACCGAUCAAACAUAAGCUGGGAUGAAUUUGCAUCAAAGGUUCGCACUCAUCAGAGAGGAUAUAUGGGAGAGCCAAAGGAGGUUCGACCAGGCAGAGGUGAAUUUCAUGAAAAUCCAUCAACUUGUAUAUGCGAUGCUGCGGAGUCACUGAAUCAAAUCAACCCUAACAAUCAACAUCGAAAAGGCAAGCCUACAUCUGACGAUUUUCCUGAAGAACCAGAUGGGUCUGAACGUGACUACGGGGAGUAUACAUCUCUAAGUAAAAGUUCAUCUAAUGAUACAGAGAUGGACUAUGAUUCAUUUACAAGAACAGAAGAUUCUGAGAUUGAUGAUAUACUGUCUGACUAAUCAUAAAACUCUGUGCGGUUUUGUUGAUCA